CGUGAAAAAGCUUGUGGCGAAGGGGGGCAAAAGAAAGAAGCACGUUUUGAAGUUCACCCUUGCCUGCACCCAUCCUGUAGAAGAUGGAAUCAUGGAUGCUGCCAACUUUGAGCACUUCCUCCAGGAGAGAAUCAAGGUCAACGGCAAAGGGGGGAACCUAGGUGGAGGGGUUGUGACCAUCGAACGGAGCAAGAGCAAGAUCACUGUCACUUCUGAGGUGCCUUUCUCCAAAAGGUAUUUGAAAAAUCUCACCAAAAAAUAUCUGAAGAAGAAUAAUCUUCAAGACUGGCUGCGCGUUGUCGCCAACAGCAAAGAGAGUUAUGAAUUGCGUUACUUCCAGAUCAACCAGGAUGAGGAGGAGGAGGAGGACGAGAAUUGAGACACGUUAGU